AUGGGAUUCCCUGUCACUCAUCACGGCAUCCCCAGGGCCGUUGGCGUCAUAAGACUCAGUGUUUUUAUUGAACUGACGAAUGAAGGUGCCCUGAAGACCCAGUCCGCUCACUCGGUGUCUUUGUUCCCGCAGGAGGACUGGAAUGAAAUUGACCCCAUUAAAAAGAAGGACCUGAUUCACCACAGCGACGGGGGCGAGAAAGCCCAGGGCGUGGAGACCCUCCCUCCAGGGAAAGUGCGGUGGCGGGACUUUAACCAGGAAGCUUACGUUGGAGGGACCAUGGUCCGCUCUGGGCAGGACCCCUACGCCCGCAACAAAUUCAACCAAGUGGAAAGUGACAAGCUGCGGAUGGACAGAGCCAUUCCUGACACCAGACACGACCAGUGUCAGCGGAAGCAGUGGCGCGUGGAUCUGCCAGCCACCAGCGUGGUGAUCACAUUUCACAAUGAAGCCAGGUCGGCCUUGCUGAGGACGGUGGUCAGUGUGCUCAAGAAAAGCCCACCCCACCUCAUAAAGGAGAUCAUCUUGGUGGACGACUACAGCAAUGACCCCGAGGACGGGUCUCUCCUGGGGAAAAUUGAGAAGGUGCGUGUUCUCAGGAACGAUCGGCGAGAAGGCCUGAUGCGCUCGCGGGUCCGGGGGGCCGAUGCGGCCCAGGCCAAGGUCCUGACCUUCCUGGACAGCCACUGCGAGUGCAACGAGCACUGGCUGGAGCCGCUGCUGGAGAGGGUGGCCGAGGAUAGGACUCGGGUUGUGUCGCCCAUCAUCGAUGUCAUCAACAUGGACAACUUCCAGUACGUGGGGGCGUCUGCUGACUUAAAAGGCGGUUUCGACUGGAACCUGGUGUUCAAAUGGGAUUACAUGACGCCCGAGCAGAGGAGAGCCCGGCAGGGGAACCCGGUCGCUCCCAUAAAGACCCCCAUGAUCGCUGGAGGGCUGUUCGUGAUGGAUAAGCUCUAUUUUGAAGAGCUGGGGAAAUACGACAUGAUGAUGGAUGUGUGGGGAGGAGAGAACCUGGAGAUCUCCUUCCGCGUGUGGCAGUGUGGGGGCAGCCUGGAGAUCAUCCCCUGCAGCCGCGUGGGCCACGUGUUCCGGAAGCAGCACCCCUACACUUUCCCCGGCGGCAGCGGCACUGUCUUCGCCCGUAACACCCGCCGGGCAGCAGAGGUCUGGAUGGAUGAAUACAAAAAUUUCUAUUACGCAGCAGUGCCUUCUGCCAGGAACGUUCCUUAUGGCAAUAUUCAGAGCCGACUGGAGCUGAGGAAGAAACUCAGCUGCAAGCCGUUCAAGUGGUACCUUGAAAAUGUCUAUCCAGAGUUAAGGGUUCCCGACCAUCAGGACAUAGCUUUUGGGGCCUUGCAGCAGGGAACCAACUGCCUCGACACUUUGGGACAUUUUGCGGACGGUGUUGUUGGAGUUUAUGAGUGUCACAACGCGGGGGGCAACCAGGAAUGGGCCUUGACCAAGGAGAAGUCGGUGAAGCACAUGGACUUGUGUCUGACAGUAGUGGACCGGGCGCCCGGCUCGCUCAUCAAGCUGCAGGGCUGCCGAGAAAACGACAGCAGACAGAAAUGGGAGCAGAUCGAGGGCAAUUCCAAGCUGCGGCACGUGGGCAGCAACCUGUGCCUGGACAGCCGCACAGCCAAGACGGGCGGCCUGAGCGUGGAGGUGUGCGGCCCCUCCCUGUCCCAGCAGUGGAAGUUCUCGCUCAACCUGCAGCCGUAGGCGCCCGGGCCGGCCGGCUCCCACACCAGCAGCCUGAGUCGGAUGAUCGUGAUUUGGAUUCUGUUCUUAAACUUUCCGCGAAACUACAUACCUCAGUAUUCCAUCAUGGUCUGGAAGUCGGACGCUUCGGCAAGGCACGGGGCUGGGCGGCCACGGGAGAGGCGGGGAAGGGAACUGCCCCCUCCAGCCACAGGACGCGGCCAGGUCCCCUGUCCGGAGGCCACGGCCGCCCCUUCCUUCCCGGCUUCCUCCUGGUCCUCGCCCAGACGCUGAGGAACAUCCCCAGGGACAACAGGGAUGUGACAACGAAGGCCUGCGGUUGGGAGACGGGCGGGGGAGGGGCGCCGUGGCUCCGAUGCAGCGGGGAGAGCUCUGAAACCUCCACCUGACCCCGUCGCGAGCACACGUGGCCCGUGCACUGAUGGCCACCACGCAGGUUUCUGUCUUCCCUUUCCCUGCCCCGCGGUUCCCAGCCGCAGACCCCCGCACACAGCGUACUUGCCGCGUUUGAAUAUGAACUUUUCUAUGGCGGGACACUAAAUAUAAAUAUAUAUACCGAAAGAGCGUACGGUCAGUUCCCUAUGGUUUCUGUAGGUCCUCAUCUUGUAAAUUCUCACGGAGCAGCGCCCGGCCAUGUGGGGUGGACGAGCCCUUUGGGGCCUGGCUCUCCCGGAGCAGAAGUGACCUCCGCCCCCCGUGAGUGGCCUUAGCGGUGGGCAGGGGCCGCGGUGGCCGGCUGGGGGCCCAGAGGCCGGCCUCAGCCAAGUGUCUUUGUUUGACUUCAGCGCGGGAGCCACUGCUCUGUGUUGGAAUCCACUUUUCGUGCCCUUGGUAUCUGUAAACCUGGACGGGUUACUUAUUUUAACAAAUAUUGCUUUAGGUCUUUUUAAAUUGAAUUUUUUUUCUCUAAGGAAAAAAAAACCCGAUCCCACAGCUCCCAGUGACUGUCAGAGGCUGCCACGGGCGGGGCCGGGCUAAGGGUGAGUGUCCUGGUGAGCCGGUGGCCCUGUCACCGGGCCCUGGACUCUGGCCUGCCUGUUCUGCCCCUCCCAGGCCCAGGGGGCGCCUCAGGAGCUUUGGGUCAAGAAUCAGGAAGGACGGAGGCCGACCCGCCUGCUCGCUGGUGCCGAGGCCUCGGCCCGAGGCAGCAGCCCGUGGGUUAGGAAGGAGAAGUCAGAAGAAACCACAAGACAGUUACGAGCGAAAAGUAACAACAGGAAGAGAUACCUGGGCGCCUGCCUGGCCGCCCAGGGAUGCCCGCGGAGCCCUCCUUGUCUUUGCCGUGGCCCCACCUGCAGUGACAGACCAGCCCCGGCCCCCUGCAGAAGGCUCCCUGGCCGCCUGGCCACUGCCCCCCUUCCCUCGCCCCCUCCCACACUCAUGCCAGUCUCAGGCUGGCCACGCCCACAGCCCACCAGCUGCCAGGCCCCUGUGGGCUGGAUGAGCAGGUCACAGAAGCGGCCCUGGAAGACCCUGCUAGGUUGACACUGCCACGAGCCACUGCUCCCUGCUCAUUUCUUUUAGGAGAGGGAACAUCGUUGGCCCCCUUCCUCCACGCGUCUGCUUUAUGACAGUGGAUUGGGCACGGGAGCGUGGCUGGGGGCUUUUCCCCGCCUUCUCCCUUUCGCCCCUGCCAGGCAACCAGGUGUAUGUCAGUGGCCAGGGAGGCGGAGGCUGGGUGACCGCCACACGUAAGUCUUCAGAGGCUGGUCUCGACUACAAGUAGGCCCCUGGGGAGAGUCACGUACCUGUGUAAGGCCGUCAGAUUCAAGUGGGGGAGGUGCCGAUGCGCUGGGCCCGAGCCCUGCCUCCCAUCCUCAGACGUCAGACGCUGUCACCUGCGAGCAAUUACUACUGUUAGAAAAAAAUCCCACUGAAGGAAAACAAAUCUGGCUUAGGCGGAAAACAAAUUCUCAUCAGGUUCUUGACGAUCCUUCGCCCACACACCCGCCCAACCCAGAAGUCUGACCAGCGUUUCAAAGGGGGCCGGUACACGCAGUCCCUUGGGGGGCACUCCCUGUCCCGGAGCUGGUGGGCGCGGUGGCCUUGGACAGUGUGGGUGUUGUGAGCGGUGGCCGGGAGGGCCCCCCGGAGGCGGGCUAUGUUUACAUGACACAGUGUGCCAAAGUGACUUACUGCGGUUGCUGUAUUUUGUAGUCAUCGGGGCUCUCCUCCCCCUCCCGCUCCGUUUUUACAAAUAAAGAUCCUAAGAGCCCGUCGGGCAGCGUGGCGCAGCUGGUCGUCUUCUCUGUGGUGGUCUUUCUUAUGUCCUCAUAAAAGCUAAAAUGAUGGUAUCUGUGAGUAUGUUUUGCAAAUUUCAAAAUAUAGUUUGGUAAUUUUUUUUCCAGUUGAUUUUUUAAAAGAACUGCUGUACAGAGCUUGUACUUUGUCCAUUUUAUAGAUGGAAACCAUCCUUGAAAAUUGUUUAACUUAAAUAAAGAGAAGAUACUUUAUAGAUAA